GCCUGGUGCAGAGUGGUACGCUCCAGAUGGGGGGCUGGCGGUGGCGGAGCAGGGGCAGACCGAGCCGAGCCAAACCGAGGCAGGCUGUGUGUGAGUGGGGGAGACGCGCCGCUCCGCUCCGCUCUCUCUGAUCUGGAUUAUCUUUCUCUUUUUAACGCAUGACGGUUUUUACCUGUCCGGACCCCUCCUCCUGCUGCCAGCACCCCCCUGCAGCUCUCUCAGGUUUAAUGUGAAGAGGAGAAGAAGAAGAAGAAGAAGAAGAAGAAGAAGAAGAAAGGCAGCAGCAGCGGCAGCGCGCGUGGGACUGUGGAUUUAAAUCACCGAUUGGACUUUCCUGCGUGUUUCCGUCCAGUCAUGGCCGAGUGAAGCUGACUCCUCCUCAGACCUGCAGUCAGCUCUUCUCUCCUCCUCCCCUCCUUUCCUCCUCCAUCCCUCCAUCCUCUCCUCCUCUCUUUUUUCACCAUGCUCCCUUCCUCCUCCUCUUCCUCUCCCCUCCUCCUCUUCUUCCUCCUUUCUCUCCUCCUCCUCUCCUCCCCCCUCCUCUCUGCCCCGGCUGAUCCUCCCCCUCCCUCCAUGGCGUCCGUCAGGGCGGUGUACCGGGCGUUCGACACCUCCCUCACCCACCUGACCGUCCACAGGAGGACAGGUGAGGUGUUCGUCGGCGCUGUGAACCGCGUGCUGAAGCUGUCGUCCAAUCUGACGGAGCUGAGGAGUCACAUGACCGGACCUGUGGAGGACAACGCCAAGUGUUACCCUCCACCCAGCGUGAGGGCGUGCGCCCACAGACUGGAUUCCUCUGAUAACGUGAAUAAGCUCUUACUGGUGGACUAUACUGGGAACAGACUGGUGGCGUGCGGCUCCAUCUGGCAGGGCGUCUGUCAGUUCCUCCGACUCGAGGAUCUCUUCAAACUGGGAGAGCCGCAUCACCGCAAAGAGCACUACCUGUCGGGAGCCAGAGAGGCUGAUGGGAUGGCAGGUGUCGUCGUCGGUGAGGACGACUGGACGGCCGACCCCAAGAGGAAGAAACCGGUGAAAGGCGGCAGCCGGCUGUUCAUUGGCGCCGCCAUCGACGGAAAGUCUGAGUACUUCCCGACGCUGUCCAGCAGGAAGCUGGUGGCGGACGAGGAGAGCGUGAACAUGUUCUCUCUUGUCUAUCAGGACGAGUUCGUCUCCUCGCAGAUCAAGAUCCCGUCCGACACGCUGUCCCUCUACCCGGCCUUCGACAUCUACUACGUGUACGGAUUCUCCAGCCGAACGUACGUCUACUUCCUGACGCUGCAGCUCGACACGCAGCUGACGCAGAUGGACGCCGGCGGCGAGAAGUUCUUCACCUCAAAGAUCGUCCGCAUGUGCUCCAACGACACCGAGUUCUACUCGUACGUGGAGUUCCCUCUGGGCUGCACCAAGGACGGCGUGGAGUACCGGCUGGUUCAGGCCGCCUACAAACAGAAACCGGGGCGGAGACUGGCUCACGCGCUCGGCCUGUCGGAGGACGACGACGUGCUGUUUGUCGUCUUCUCUCAGGGCCAGAAGAAUCGCUCCAACCCCCCCAGAGAGACCGUCCUGUGUCUGUUCACCCUCCACAACAUCAACCUGGCCAUGAGAGAGAGGAUACGCUCCUGUUACCGCGGGGAGGGGAAGCUCUCGUUACCAUGGUUACUCAACAAGGAGCUGCCCUGCAUCCACACGCCGAAGCAGAUCGGAAACGAUUUCUGCGGCCUGGUGUUGAAUCAGCCGCUCGGAGGUCUGAGGGUCAUCGAGGGGAACCCGCUUUACGAGGACCGCACCGAGGGCAUGGGCGCCGUCGCCGCGUACACGUACGGAGAGCACACGGUGGUGUUUGUGGGAACCCGGAGCGGACAGCUGAAGAAGGUAGGAGGAGAAAAGAUGGAGGGGUGAUUUUGGUGUUCUGCUGUUUUGUGUGUCAUCCGAUGUUUGUGGUCGCUCGCCGUGUUGGAGAGGCGUGAGUGUGACAUGUUUGGGAGCUGCUGCUUCCUGCUGCAAAAGGAAAUGUCUGAAUGAAAGUUUGGAGACGUCGCUCCAGCGUGACG